GGGCGUAUCCGUUGCGCGUCGCAUCAUCUACGUUGCGCACACUCUCGGGGCGUCUGGAAGGGCGUAGAGACUUCGCCGGUCAUUCAUAUCCGCACGGACAAUUACUACCGCUUAUAACACCUCUCCGGGGACUUCAUAGGCUUCAAAAAGAUGAUCAGGAACGGAAGCCAUGCGGUAGAGCAGGAGGACCGAGCACAGCCGAGCUCCUCGACCCACAGCCCCGAGAAGAGGAAGCGGGUGAUCCGGGUGUGGUGUGACGGCUGCUAUGACAUGGUGCAUUAUGGCCACUCAAACCAGUUACGCCAGGCCAAGGCAAUGGGAGAUUAUCUGGUAGUAGGUGUUCACACAGACGAGGAAAUAGCCAAGCACAAGGGUCCUCCAGUCUUCACACAGGCAGAGCGUUAUAAAAUGAUACGGGCCAUAAAGUGGGUGGAUGAGAUCGUGGAAGGGGCGCCGUAUGUUACUACGCUGGAGACGCUGGACAAGUACAACUGCGAUUUCUGCGUGCACGGAGAUGACAUCACAUUGACCGUGGAUGGGAAGGAUACAUACGAUGAGGUGAAGAGAACAGGCCGAUACAGGGAAUGCAAACGCACACAGGGAGUGUCUACGACAGACCUAGUUGGUCGAAUGCUCCUGUUAACAAAAGCGCACCACAGUAACAUUGACAACGCAGCCUAUCAAGUGCACACGGAUAAUUUUGGGAAGGGUCCUAAAGGACACAGCCCAUGGACCGGCGUCUCUCAGUUCCUGCAGACGUCUCAGAAGAUCAUCCAGUUCGCCUCAGGAAAAGAGCCGCAGCCAGGAGACACCAUCAUAUAUGUGGCCGGAGCGUUCGACCUCUUCCACAUCGGUCAUGUGGAUUUCCUUGAGACGGUUCACAAACAAGCAGAGAAACCUUACGUCAUCGUCGGACUGCACUUUGACCAGGAAGUGAACCGCUACAAAGGGAAAAACUACCCCAUCAUGAAUAUUCACGAGAGAACCUUGAGUGUGCUCGCUUGCAGAUAUGUGUCUGAGGUUGUCAUUGGGGCUCCGUACGCAGUCGAAAAAGACCUUCUGGAUCACUUUAAGGUGGAUCUGGUGUGUCAUGGGAAAACCAAUGUGUUUUCUGAUGCAGACGGAACAGACCCUUAUGCUGAGCCAAAGAAAAGAGGCAUUUUCCGCAUCCUGGACAGCGGCAACAAUCUGACCACUGACGACAUUGUGCAGAGAAUCAUUGAGAACAGGUUGCAGUUUGAAGCCAGGAAUCAGAAGAAGGAAGCAAAAGAAAUGGCUGUUCUCCAGGCUUUGAAGCGUAAAGAUGAUUCUGUGAAAAGUGAGGCAGCUCUUGCGAAGAAUUAACCAAACCAAACUAAUCGGUUUCGUUGUAGAACAAAUUCACCCCUGGACUCAUUGAAAAAUACAUUCAGUAAUGAACAGUUAGGUAUUUAAAAAAAGAGGAGGACAAGGACUUGUUUUAAAUCAUACGACUCUUGUUUGAAGAAAAUGCACUUUGUUGUGUGCAGAUAGAUUUUAUGGCACCUAUUUAAUGGGUUGAAAACUUUCUCUCUGGAUGGGAGGAACACAUUAAGCAAAUGCUUUUACAUAAUUUAUGAAGUUUAUGGGAAGAUUGUGUCAUUUUUAACCAUUUUUGAAAAAAAAUUUAUUCCAGCUGCUUAUAUGCUUACCGAAGGAAAAAUUCACAUCGACUCUGAUCGUAUCCGAUCAUACUAGUGAGGUUAAUCUCACUAGUGAGGGUGAGCCUUGUGGUGUCAUUCAGGCCACAUUUUACCCCAAAAUCAAAAGAGUAGUGCUUAAAUACACUGGCCCUUUUAGAACUAUUAACUUUUUUGCAUCUUGAUCAAAUUUAAACUAAUAUUCGAAUUACUGUAAAGUAUAAUGAAUGUUUAACUUUUAUUUUAUUGUGAUGUUUACUUUAUUAUGUAAAUUAGCAGUCUAGAGCUUUUAAAAGUUAGGGAAGAUAAAAAACCCUGAAAAUUUACAGAACCUGCAGACUACAACCUGAGAUCUCUGGGAAUUUAGAAACAUAAAAAUAGAACCUGAAAAACUUGCAAUCUAGAACCACAGAACUCUGAGAAUUCAGGACUUAGAAAACAAAACCCAAGGAUCUUACAAAGUGGAACUUGAGAACUCUGAGAAUUUAGAACUUUGAGUACAUGAACAUAGAACCCACUUAACUUGCAGAACUUAUAAUCUAGAAGCAGAGAAAUCUGAGCAUUUAGAACUUGGAAAACAUGAUCAUAGUGCAAGGAGAACUUAUGAUCUAGAACUAGAGAACUCUAAGGAUUUCAAACUUCGACAACAUGAACAUAGAACCCAAUUAACUUGCAGAAUUUAUAAUCUAGAAUCAGAGAAAUCUGAGGAUUUAGAACUUGGGAAACAUUAACACUGAACCUGAAGAACUUACAACCUAGAGAUCUCUGAGAAUUUUGAACUGAACAUAGAACCUGAAAUACUUGGAGAACUUACAAAAUGUAGUCUCUAGAACUGGAGAACUCUUGAGAAUAUAGAACUUGAAGAACAUAAUCAAAGAACCUGAAGUACUCUGAGAGUACUUACAAAUUGUUCUGUGUAGAAUUGGAGAACUCUUGAGAAUCUAGAACUCUGAGAACAUGAACAUAGAACCUGAAGUACUUGGACAACUUAAAAAAUGUACUGUCUAGAAUUGGAGAACAUGAACAUAGAACUUGAAGUACUUGGAGAGCUUACUAAAUGUACUGUCUAGAAUUUGAGAACUCUUGAGAAUCUAGAACUUGGAGAACAUGAACAGAAUCUUAGAUACUUGAAGAAUUUGCUAAAUGUACUCUCUAGAACUGGAGAACUCUUGAGAAUCUAGAACUUGCAGAACAUGAAUAGUAAACCUGAAGUACUUGGGGAACUUAUAAAAUGUACUGUAUUGAAUUGGAGAACUCUUGAGAAUCUAGAACUUGGAAAACAUGAACAGAGCAUCUGAAGUGCUUUGAGAACGCUUGAGAAUCUAGAACUUGCAAAACAUGAACAGAGCAUCUGAAGUGCUUUGAGAACGCUUGAGAAUCUAGAACUUGGAGAACAUGAACAGAGAAUCUAAAGUACUUGGAGAACUUACAAAAUGUACUGUCAAGAUCUGGAGUACUCUUCAGAAUCUUUGCAUAGCAGAACUGAAGGACUCUAAGAAUCUAGAACUUUAAUGUAUGUAUAUAAUUGUAUAAAACUGUAUAGACUUUUUUCUCAAUUAUGUCAAAAUGCAAAAAGUUAAUGACAUUUAACCUGAUUUUGUGGUAAAAUGUGGCAUAAUUCUGUAUGUUUAACAGAUUUUAACCUGAGUAUAUAUAACUCUAGUGGUGCUGCGUUUUCCUGUAGUUAAACUGUAAAUUUGAUAUGAGUGUUAUUUAAAAACAAAAGUCUAGAGUCACACAUCUGGCAUUUUUACAGUCUUUUACCGCUUUAAUUUUCUCUUUCUCACCUGUAAUAUUUAUGAUCGCAAGUCUUUGACAUCAGGUGAUUAUUAGAUAUAUUGAUCUUACUGAUCCACAACCUUAACCACAAAUCGAACAUCACAUCAACAUUCAUUUUAACAAGCCACAUGAGUCAGAAUUUUAAAACUGCUUUUUCUCCCUGAGCUUUUAUCCCAUUUGAAUGCAGUUUUAUCUUGUUUUUGACUUUAAAGACCAUCGAAGCACCUUGACGCUUAUUUUUUGUUUUGUUUGUUUGUUUGUUUUGAACAUCUUCUGUGCGUUUUGGGUGAAUUGCUGUGGAAAAAAACACUAAUUUAAUGUCUGUACGUUGCAGAAAAAUGUUGAGUGACCAAUACUGAAUGUACUGUUAGACGCGAAACGCUCUCAGACAAUCUUUAAUUUAAUUAAUUCAUCACAACACGUCAACUAAUUGCAAAUUAAUUUGCAGUUUACACAAUAAAACUAUCAAAAAAG